CCUAAUAGGCAAGCAAGCAACUUCCAACUCAGUGUUUGUGUGAGCACACAGACGUGUCGCGAAGACUGAAGGCUAUGCCUCCUGAGUUCUGUCGACUGGAGUGACCAUGCACUGCCUGAUGCGGCCCAUGUCAAGAACUGCUGCUGGCCAGAAGUCCUUGAAAGAGAAGUCUCCCCAGAGCAGCCUCUCCAUUGAUGAAAACGUUGAACUGCACCACAUUCAGAUCAACGAGAGCUUUGCUGAAACGAACAGGAGCAUGAACAAGUGGAAGAAGGUUGCGGGCACCACCAUGCUCUUCGGCAGCUUUACCACUCUCAUUCUGAUCUGGGAGAAGCACUAUGUGUACUUCCCCACCCCGCACACCUCUGAAGAGGAGUGGGCGGCCAAACAGACCAAGAGGAUGCUUGACAUGAAGGUCAGCCCGAUCCAGGGCUUCUCAGCCAGGUGGGACUAUGACAAGAACGAGUGGAAGAAAGAGGAGCCCGCCAUUCACCCGUCUGAGCUCUGCCUGUUGUGCCAUCUCCAUGCAGCUCCGUGUACUUACUGGCAACUGUCGUGCUGCAGUGCCAAAGGUAGUAAGUGAGCAGUUCAUGGGAAAAAACCUGUGUGCCCAAGACUACACUCCACUGCCUCUGUCUGCCCCUCACCCACCCCAAGCAACAAACUGUCCCAGCAUUUUCCUUCUGUGAUCUGA